AACCACAAUUAUCUUGUAUUUCUCAAUUUAUUACGCAUUACAACUGGAUAAAUAAAAUAUGUAGAAUAAGUAAUAUACAUAAAUACAAUCACAUAAACUUAUUUGUAGACACUAGAAAACGCCUACAAAUAACUAAAAAUGCAGUUUUGCUUUGUAAUAAGCAUAGUCUUCUUGCUUAUAACCGCGCAAAUAACGGUACCAUUAAAAUGGGUAAAAUGGCUACAGUACAUAGCGGUUCUAAAUUUAGAGAUUUUGUUUAUUGCAAUAAUAAAAUUAUAAGUGGCCACAAAGAUGGUAGUAUCAGGCACUGGAAAAUUGGAUCACUACAUGAAGAAAAUUAUAUUAAAAAAUUAAUAACACAUUACAAUGUACACGAUGACAUUAGACACAUAGAUGCAACAUCGCAACAUAUUAUAUCAGGUUCUUCAAAUUCAAUAAAGAUACAAAAAUAUACACAUGAAAAUUCGUAUGAAGAGUAUUCAUAUUUAGAGAAAAAAAGGCAAAUAUCUUACAAUAAUGAAUGCAAGGUGCAAUCAAUGUUAUUUGAUCCAACUGGGACAAAAUUUGCUGUUAGUAUUUAUACAAAAAAUCCUGAAUACUUAUCGUCGCUUCUAAUUUAUGAUAUAAGUGACAGGUAAGUUAUGUUUUAAUUAAUUAAUCGUUUUCUAC